AUGGACCGAGUUGUUCUCAGCUAUUACGAUUAUCUGGUACGUGAGCGGGAUUUAUGCACACUGGUCGAAGGUCGCUGGAUUAACGAUGUCAUAUUGUCUUUUGGAUUUGAAUACCUUCGUCAUUCACGUUUGACAGAUCGAAAUCGUUUGUUACUUGUUGAUCCUGCCGUAACACAGUUGCUCAAAUUAUCCGAUUAUGCAUCUGCUCAGAUUCUACUCGAUUCUCUCAACUGUGCUCAUAUGGAUUGGCUUCUAUUUCUUGUUAACGAUUCCGAAUCACGUCACUCUGGUGGUGGAUCCCAUUGGACGUUGCUCGUGGUCUCCCCAAAGUUGGAUCGGUCCUAUCAUUUGGAUCCGCUCUACUCACAAGUUAAUUUCGAUGCAUCAUUGCGUAUCGCUCGUCAUAUUGCGGCGUUCUGUGAAAAACCUAAAUUAAGUGAAGUGAUUCAUUUGAAUGUGGCCAAGCAAAAUAAUGCGUGUGAUUGCGGUAUUUAUUGUCUGGUCUAUGCAGAACAAUUGUGCUCGUACCUGUUAGACGGCAAUUCGGAGUGGCAGAAAGACGGUUUAGUUUCACCGGACAUUCAUCAAUUAGUUGCUAAUAAGCGAUCCGAACUAACAAACUGUAUUCGAACCCUUGCUGCGUCAGGAAAACAAUAUACAUAG